GGGCACACCCAGACACACACCCACCCCCCGGCGCCGCCUCCGCCAGCGGCAGGGGGAAAAGGAAAGCGAAAGCGGCGGCGCUGCUCGGGGAGCGCGGCUGCCAGCGGGGCUGCCAGCGGCGCAGCGCAGGACCUGUCGCCGUGCGGAGCGCUCGGCUGCCGCUGCAAUGGAUUUAACAAGUUCCCCCCUACCUUUGGAAGAGAAUGGGUUUAGGAUGAUACCCCCUGACCCUUGUGACACAUCAAUAGAUGAGAUGGAAGGACUUAAAGAAGAACUGAAGAAAUGGAAGGAAAGAGUUGAAAGAGCUGAGAAAGCAAAAGCUGACCUUCUUCUUGCUAAAACAAGUGCUGAUGAAGAGUACUUUAAAGCAGAGGAGGAGUUGACCAAACUGAAGGACUUGCAAGAGAAACAGCAUAAGCAACAAGUCAACAUAAUCAACCAAGAGAAUGCUGAGCUGAAGAGUGAAAUCGAGCUGCUCCAAGAAGACCUGGUGAAAUACAGCUCGUUGCUGUCACAGUGUGGUCAGAUCAAGAAAAAGGUGGCAGAAGUGCAGAUGAAAUUCAGUCACAUGGAAGGCAAGAAGGAUGAUUGUCUGGACAUGGACACUCACUGUCAUUUUACUGUAAGGACAAAAAUCCCCUUCAGACUGAAUCAAAAGCAAGCACUGAUCACUUUUGAGGAUGAAGAAGUUGCCCAAAGGCUGCUGAAAAAGGGGAAGCACACUCUGAUCCUGGACAACAAAGCAACAGAUGUGAAAGUGAUCCCUCUCAAACUUGAAAUGGGCUUCAGGUUUGAGCUCCAUGUCACUAUUUCUGGGAAGAAGAUCAAUGUUUCAGAAAUACCUGAUCUAUCCAUCCCUGAUGAGUGGAUGAGAGACAAAUUAGAGCUGAAUUUCUAUAAGCCUGGACAAGGAGGAGGAGGAGAAGUAGAAGCUGUGAAAUACGACAGGGAGUCUAGAUCAGCUGGUAUUACAUUCCUCAAACCUGGAGCAGCUCAAAGCAUUGCAAGGUGCACUAAAUACCCGUUCCUUGUAAGUAGAAGGUGCUUCAGGCUCUCUGUGUCCCCAGACACCAACACACACUUGGAGAAACUUCAGGUCUACUGUGGGAUUUCUAAGAAGACCCUUCUGCUGAAAGGAAUUAAAGGGAUGGAUGAUGAUGAUGAAGAAAGUGUCCAGGACAUGAUUGAAAUUCAUUUUCAAAGGCCCAGUAAUGGUGGUGGGGAAAUAGAAGCAAUCAAAUACGUAUCAAAUGGAGCAAUGUGGGCUUGUUUUGAGGAGGACAGUUAGAAUGCCAGGAAAGAAAGUGGAAGUUGAACUCAGGAAGUUCUGCCUCUUUCUUUUUUUGCUUCAUCAGAGGCAGAGGACAUUCUGUAGGCAUUGUGCUUUAAAGUACUGAAGUUUAUACUUGAAAAAGAACUGCUUAUCCUUCUGAUCUGUGGAACAGCAAAUUCAAACUCACUGCUGGCUGCUUCAGAGGUGAAGCUGAUGAAAGCUUUUACCAGUACUCGACACUUUUAAGACCUUGCAAACUUUAGGAAGGUCUCCUGCUCCACAGUGGGUUAAAUCUACUCCUUCUUACUCUUUGGUUGCAAAAGCCAUAUGUAAUCUCACUCAAAAAGUGUCCUCACAGCCCUGCUUUUAUCAAGUGCCUUAACUUCAGGAGGUGGCUCUGAAAGAAGUGCAGCCCUGCUGAGGCUGCUGUGGGCUGCCAUACCUCAAAUCCCUGAAGACAAUUUUCCUGUCAUUACCUAAAAUCUGCAUUCUCAAAAGUAGAGUAGGAAAUGGAGAGUGUAAAACCACCACAGAUUUACUCAAGAAACUGCACCUUAGAGUAAAGGUUAUAGCAGAAAUACUGCUUUAAGCUGUCAAAAAGCUGUUUCCUAGGGUCAGAGCCUCUGAUAACUUAAUAGCCAGCAAGUUAAUAUUAAGUCCCCAGGUUCCCCUUUGGUUUGCAGUUUGUCCUUCAGUUCUUCUUCUAAAAGACCUUGGCAAUAAAACAGAAAUGGCACAUUA